CUCACCCUCUCAACCUUCCCCACUAAAUCCCUCAUCAUGAGCGGCGCGGGUGAGAACCGCAACUGGCGCCGGUCAGGGCAAGGUAACCGCCAGAACCAGGACCGCAACUCGGGCACGAGCACGCCCACCCGAGAUGCUGGGCGGCAGCAAGCUAUGGCUGCGCUGUCAGGCAAUGCUUGGGGCUCGGCCAAAGGAAAACCUGCUGGCGGUGGCGGCGACAGACCAGCAGCGCCGCCCGCUACGGUCCAGGCAGAACAGCACGUCCCCGUGAAAGAUUUUAAUGCCGGAGAGGUCAAGGAAUUCUUGAAGAAGCGUUACCUUGAGAGCGUCGGAGAUCAAUCCUCGGUGUACCACAAAGUUCAGGGCGAUUCGGUAGACAGGCGAAGCAGCGGCGCCUGGGGCUCCCGAGGCAAUAUGAGACACUUGAUGCCCAGUGGACAGGACUUCUUCACCCAGCUCAAGAAGCAACUCCAGACCUUCGAGCAGGGUAAAACCGCAUAGCUCCUCGGCUUCAGCUCGAAUUGUAUUCAGCGGCAUAUUCAGGGCAUUUCUGUCUCAGCAUUGCGGGAGUUCUGGACCGUUGCAUUUGCGCCUCUUCUCUAGCAAUGGCUUGGCUAGGUUUUCUUGCCCAUGUUGAACAGCACACGUACAGGGCGCAUCACUGCUCAUGGAGUUGGCGGAUUUUGGCUGGCUGUUUUGCGCAAUCUCUUCUUUCGAUUCAGUUACUGGAACGAUACCCAUCUGGACAUACAUGAUGACGGACUGUUCAUUCAGUUCAUACUGGAAAAGUAUCGAGGGUUUGGAUACGAACAUGCUGAGCUUGUUUUGUAUAAUAGUCACGAAGGC